AUGACCCUGGAUACUACCAGCGUACCCAUUCCUAGUUAUGAUCCUGGAUACUACCAUGUAGCUCACAGUGAACCUGAGUAUGACCCUUAUAACCCUGGAUAUCAAGAUGAUAAUUCACCUGAAAAUAACAAUUCCCCUAGUAAUGCGGAUUUUCCUUCUAAUAAUGAUGAGUCAAUGUCAAGAAAUGAUAACUCUUAUCCUAACGAUGAUGAAUCUUAUCCUAACGAUGAUGAAUCUUCUCUUAACAAUGAUGACUCUUUUCCUAACAAUGUUGAAUCUCCUAAUAAUUAUGACUCUUCUUCUCUCCAUUAUAAAUCUUCAUCUCCUCAUAUCUUUGAUAGUUAUAAAUCUAUUCCUAAUGAUGAUGAAUCUUCUCUUAACAAUGAUGACUCUUUUCCUAACAAUGAUGAAUCUCCUAAUAAUUAUGACUCUUCUUCUCUUCAUUAUAAAUCUUCAUCUCCUCAUAUCUUUGAUGGUUAUAAAUCUAUUCCUAAUAAUGAUGAAUCUUCUCUUAACAAUGAUGACUCUUUUCCUAACAAUGAUGAAUCUUCUAAUAAUUAUGACUCUUCUUCUCUCCAUUAUAAAUCUUCAUCUCCUCAUAUCUUUGAUGGUUAUAAAUCUAUUCCUAAUGAUGAUGAAUUUUAUCCUAACGAUGAUGAAUCUUAUCCUAGUGAUAAUAAAUCUUCUCUUAAUAAUGAUGACUUUUUUCUCAACAAUGAUGAAUCUAAUGAUAAUGAAUCAUCUUCUAAUGAUGAUAAUUCACCUCUUGAUGAAGAUAAGAAUUCACUUAAUAAUAAUGAUUUAUAUGCUAACAAUAACCUUUUUGAUGUAGCAUUUAUUUGA